CUGUACAGUGAUGUCAUGGAACAGCAGCCAAUAGGAGGAAUGGCCUCUGCGACAUCGUGGUCUGAGGAGGACUUCUCCUGUUCCAUCUGUCUGGAUGUGUUCAACAGCCCAGUUUUCGCUCCAUGUGGACACAACUUCUGCAGAGCCUGUAUUACAGUGUUCUGGGAUGAAAAAGUCCAGUACAAAUGUCCUGUCUGCAAUGAGCUGUUCCACACAAGACCUGUUUUACGGGUUAAUACCUUCAUAUCAGGGAUGGUUGAUCAGUUUAGAAGUUCUGUACGCGUCAAAGAGCAGGCUUGCGUUGAACCCGGAGAAGUUCCUUGUGACGUCUGUACUGGGACCCAGCUGAAGGCAGUGAAGUCCUGCCUGGUGUGUCUUAUCUCUUACUGCCAGACCCACCUGGAGCCACAUCAGAGAGUCUCCCGUCUGAAGACACAUCGGCUGGUCGACCCUUUGGACCGUCUGGAAGACAGGAUGUGUAAGAAACACGGCAGACUCCUGGAGCUCUUCUGUCAGACUGACCAGGUGUGUGUGUGUGUGACCACAAGUCACAUCCUGUUGUACCUCUGA